AUGAAGGAGAUGAACAAGAACAAGUAUGGAAGAAAAGAAAAAGAAAAAAAAAAUGAUAAAAAGAGGAUAAGAGAGGCGAAAAGGUUCCCAAGGCGGUGUGACGGGAGGACGCGUGGCUCAAUAGUAUUGUUUGCUCCUCAGCGAAUCCUUCGUGUACCGCUAGGGUUCCCAGGCCUUGGCGGUCUGUUCUUAAUUAUAGCGGAUCGAUCCCUCCGCAGAGAUAAGACCUGGAUGACCGGCCGUCCUCGGGAGUUGCGACAGUCGGAGACGUGGAGUACGUCAAACGUCCACCCGGAGGGUUGUGUAAAUGCUCCUCUCACCGACCAAACACGGCCUCCUGGAUAUUACCAUACCCUGGUUAGCUCUUGUACUUUCUUCUUCGAGGUUCCUUAUCGAGAGGAGAUGGCACUCCUCCUAGGUGAAACCGCCUUCCUUUUAGAGGCCUCCGUGUACUCUCUUAGUCCUCCUCCGCACCCUUGUUAUCGGCGCAAUGGCUUUCUGGUGCUGAUUAAGGCGAGUGUGGAAUCAGCGGUGCCUUUGCGGUUCGCAUUCUCUCGCGAAUCCUAUGUCUUAUUUCAUCUGAAAGGGUUCCUUAUAGAUCCCUUACAUACCAUUUAA